UUUCUUCUUCCAUGUGAGUAAGCCCAAUCUCUUACGCUAUACAUAUAUUUCAUAUAUAGACCUUGUUAUUUCUCUUCUUUCAAAUUCCUCCUUUAGGUCAUUGAUUUUUGAAAUAAAACAUUUUUUGAACGUGAGGAUCGAUGUCCUUCCAUAUUCUAAUGGAUGGUGAAUCUUAGACACUUAGCUAGGUAUUUGAAGCAGAUAUAAAAGGUAUUUGGAUUUGGAGUAAUGGAACAAGGAGAUCAGCAGCAGCAGAAGAAAAAAGAAGAAGCUUUGCCUCCGGGUUUCAGGUUUCAUCCAACGGAUGAGGAGCUAAUUUCGUAUUAUUUAGUUAAUAAGAUCGCCGAUCAAAACUUCACCGGAAAAGCAAUCGCCGACGUUGAUCUCAACAAGUCAGAGCCGUGGGAGCUUCCUGAUAAGGCGAAAAUGGUAGGAAAAGAAUGGUACUUUUUUAGCCUACGCGACAGAAAGUACCCGACGGGAGUGAGAACAAAUCGGGCGACAAAUACAGGAUAUUGGAAAACCACAGGAAAAGACAAAGAGAUAUUUAAUAGCACAACCUCGGAGUUGGUCGGAAUGAAGAAGACUUUGGUCUUCUACAGAGGAAGAGCUCCUCGAGGUGAGAAGACAAGUUGGGUCAUGCAUGAAUAUCGACUUCACUCCAAGUCCUCCUAUAGAACCUCCAAGCAAGACGAAUGGGUGGUGUGUAGAGUGUUCAAGAAAACAGAAGCAACCAAGAAAUACAUAAGCAAUAGUAGCAGCAGCACAAGUCAACAUAACCAAAACCACACAAGAUCCUCAUUACUAUCAACCAACAACAACAACAACCCUAAUUACUCAUCAGACCUCCUUCAGCUCCCACCACAUCUACAACCACAUUCCAGCCUUAAUAUCAACCACACCCUCAUGGCUAACGCCGUUCACCUAGCUGAGCUCUCUAGAGUCUUCCGUGCUUCCACAAGCAGCAACAUGGACUCUUCUCAGCAGUUAAUGAGCUACACACACAUGCCUGUCUCAGGGCUCAAUCUCAACCUUGGUGGUGGAUUGGUCCAGCCUCCCCCUCCUACUGUGUCGCUGGAGGAUGUUGUCGCGGUUAGUGCUUCGUUCAAUGGCGAAAACGGGUUUGGAAAUGUGGAAAUGAGCCAGUGCAUGGACUUGGAUGGAUACUGGCCAUCUUAUUGAUUAGUAAUUAUCAGUUUAAAUUAUGGUUUUUAAUGUUGUUGGUUUGAGGAAGAAACUAGAAAGUUUCAUUUACUUGGUUGGUAAUACUUUUUUUUUGUUUUUGUUUUUGUUAUUGCAUUGUUACGUUUAGCUAUUCAUCAUAAAAUUGAUUAAGAAUCAGACUAGUCAAACCA